AUGAUCACUUUCUACCAUAAAUACGCCUCGCACAAGCAUCGCACGCCGUCGCCAACCACGACGGGGCAUUCGAGAAGGUCCUUCGAGUGUCAGCGCAGUGGCGGGAAUAACGACGAUAAUGGCGGCGCGGCGGCCACCCUCGAAUUUUCCGCCUUCCCUUCCGCCUUCCCUUCCGCCUUCCCUUCAGCCUUCCCUUCCGCUUCUGCCUUCCCUUCCGCCUUCCCUUCAGCCUUCCCUUCCGCUUCCGCCUUCCCUUCCGCCUCCGCGUGGCCGCACGUGUCCCAGAUUCCUCCUGUUGACUCGACUCUAUGGCCGUUCGAUCCCGCGCGAUUCGUCACAAAUAGCGGAGAAUCGUUUUCCGCGUUUCAGUGCGGAUUUUACGCGGAAGGAGGAGCUGCUACUGGUCCCCCAACAGCCGACGUGGUGCUUGGGGAUUGGCUGAAAAAGGCAGCGGCAUCAGCGGCGGUUGAAACGGCACCAAUGGUGGUGGGGCGGAAGCAGCGGCAGUCGCUGCUGCAGCAGUGGUUCCACGAUGCUCCUGAUGGGCUCCUUCCCCCCGCCCUUCCUGAAUUUAACUGCACCAGCCAAGUCAACCGAAACAGCCAAGUCAACCGAGUCAACGCCAGAUUCAAUGCAGUCAGUGCUGACAACACGUUCAAUCCAUCUGGCAGAGUCAACACGGUCAACACAGUCAACGCAGACAAUGCAGUCAGUGCGGCAACUGGCAGUGAUGCCAGCCUCAGACUCCAAGCCUCGGAGUCAGCUCUGGAAUUGGAAUCCAAGCCUGCAGGCUCGGUUGAGCCUCCGAAAGCCAACGCCUGUGGAUUCGCAACCCCAGCAGCAGAGGAGAGGGAGGUGCGAGUGGGGGAGGUGCAAGUGGGGGAGGUGCAAGUGGGGGAGGUGCGAGUGGGGGAGGUGCAAGUGGGGGAGGUGUUGGGACGGCCAGUGGAGGACAUUCGACAGCAGUGGCUUCUGCUCAAGAAAGAAAUAGGCAGGGGGCAGUACGGUUUGAUUCGGAGAUGCGUGCACCGCAGCACGGGGGAGCACGCUGCCUGCAAGAGCAUUCGGAAAUCCGCGUUCCAGAGUGCUGCUGACGUGGAGGCAGUGCGGAAUGAGGUGGCAUUCAUGGAGGAACUCGAGGGCCAUGCCAACAUCAUUCGGAUUAAACAAGCUGUGGAGACGCAGAGACACGUGCACGUGGUGAUGGAGCUCUGUGAGGGGGGAGACCUGUUUGACCGCAUUGAAUCGCACGGAAGGCUCUCGGAACCUUCUGCAGCGCGCAUCUUCCGAUCGCUCAUGCUGGCCUUGCAGCACUGCCACUCAUGCGGCAUCGUGCACCGCGAUGUCAAACCCGAGAACAUCCUUCUAUCGAAUCCUGCUAAUAACGAGGAUGUUGAAGGAGCUGAUACAAGUGGCUGCGAAGUCAAGCUGAUUGAUUUUGGUUUGGCCGCUAGGCAAACUCCGGGUGUGGCUCUGUCAGGGGUGGUGGGCACAACAAACUACAUGGCUCCGGAUGUGUUUUCCGCGUCAUAUGGGCCCGAAUGCGAUGUGUGGAGCGCUGGCAUCGUGCUCUUCAUGAUGCUCUGCGGCACGUUCCCUUUCUACGGCAACAGCACCAAGGUACUGGAGGCCAAGUGGGGUGGGUUCAGCCGCAGCCGGCAGUGGCAGGAGCUGUCAUCACCAGCCAAGCAUCUCAUCAUUCGCAUGCUCUCUGCUGACCCCACCACCCGAAUCAGCGUGGAUGAGAUUCUUGAGCACGAGUGGGUCACUGCUUGCACAAGAUGCUGA